AUGCUCGUCCCCGUUUUGCUCCCUUUCUUGGUCUGUUCUGCUUUAGCAUCUAUUGUACCCCAGGUCCCCAUCAGAGAAUAUGUGCCCUUUGAAGAAUCAUCUGAUUUCAUAACUUAUCAGAGUCACGUGUCUCCGCAGCACUCCAUUCGCAUCAAGCGCCAAAAUGCAACUCUUUGUGACACUCCUGUAGACCAAUAUACUGGCUGGCUGGAUGUCGGCAAUAAGCAUCUUUUCUUCUGGUACUUUGCGAGCGAGAACGACAAUUCUGAAUCGACCUCCUCCCCGCUCACUCUAUGGCUGACAGGCGGUCCAGGAGGUUCCAGUAUGUUGGGGAUGCUUCAAGAGCUCGGCCCAUGCCUGAUCAAUGAACAUGGCAAUGGAACUAUAUACAAUCCGUAUGGUUGGAACAAAGACUCGGCUUUGAUAUUCUUAGACCAACCUGCCGGUGUUGGGUUCUCAUAUGUCGAUGAGGGGGAAGUAGUCCCGGGAGAUUCUUUCACGACUGCUGCCGAUGUGCAUCUGUUCAUGCAGAUGUUCGUGAGCCAGGUCUUCCCCGAGCAUCUAAACGGACCUUUUAUCAUUACGGGGGAGAGCUAUGCUGGUCACUACAUUCCCGCCUUAGGUGCAGAGAUUUUGAGCCAGAAUAUUUUACACCCGCAUCAACCUCAAGUUCCAUUGAAAUCUGUGGCUAUUGGUAAUGGUUAUGUGUCGCCGUUGGACACCGCCUAUGGGUACUGGGAGACACUCUGUACUACCAACCCAGGGGUAGAAACACCUAUUUUUAACGAAACUCGCUGUGAAAUCAUGGCGGCUAACUUACCCCGCUGCAUGGACGUCUUAAGAACAUGUUAUGAGCGCCCCGACCCUGCAAUUUGCAGCGCUGCUAACAUGGUAUGCUGGGAUGGAGUGAUUGUUCACUAUGAUGGCGAGUCAGGAAAAGGUGGCCGUAAUCGAUUUGACAUCACUGCACCUUGCGAGAUUGAAGACUUUUGCUAUGCUAGCACGCCCAUGAUUGAGAAAUAUCUUAAUCUACAGAGUUCUUUUGAGGCUCUCAAUGUGCCCUCGGCCAUCAAAAACUAUUCCUUUUACUCAGCGGAAGUUUCUCUAGCCUUCGAACUGACCACUGACCUCGGGAUUUCCAUGGAGCCGCAACUACAGUAUCUCCUGGCAAAUCAGAUCGACGUUUUAAUCUAUCAAGGAAAUCUGGAUCUGGCCUGUAACACCGCCGGUGCGAAACGUUGGACGUCUAAUCUUCAGUGGAAAGGCCAGGCGGAAUUUACGUCAAAGGAGUUGAAGCCCUGGAAGAGUAUUGUGGGUGGUAAAGAGAAGGAAGUUGGCACGUUCAAGGAGGUCAAUGUUAAGAUGGUUGAAGGUGAUCAGAAGAAGACGAGGUUUGCAUUGGUCACGAUUGAUGGCUCUGGGCAUAUGGUUCCUCAGGAUCAGCCAGAGGUGGCUCUUGACAUGCUGACGAGAUGGUUAGCUGGGAAGCCAUUUGACUGA